GGCAGCGUGUGGCGAUGGGGAAGAGCCACGUGUUCCGGUUCAACCACCCGGAGCAGGCACGACAGGAGCUGGAGCGGAGUGGGACCCCCACAGACGUGCCCCUGAUGCACGGGUCCCGGACCCCCACAGACGUGCCCCUGACCCCAGGGUCCCGGACCCCCACAGACGUGCCCCUGAUCCACAGGGUCCCGGACCCCCACAGACGUGCCCCUGACCCACCGAUCCCGGACCCCCCCGGGGUGGGCUCGCCGGCCCACCCGGCACUUGGGGAGAGACCACCCACAGACGGCAGCGGGACGCUCGGAGAGAGACCCCCAGCGGAGGGGGGGCGCACCCCGGGGGAGGGGUCACCGGACCCUGAGAGCCGGGCCCAGGGGGGGCUGCUGCCCGACAGCAUCGACCGGCCGGAGCUGCAGCGCAGGUUGCAGAACGAUGACAGCCGAUACCGUGGUGAUAAGGAGGGGCCGUUCUGGCCGCUGGCAGACGUGGACGGCAGUGAGGACGGGACAGGCCGGUGCUCGUUGGGGAUCGUGCCGCCGGUAGCGCGUGGUGCCGGUGUUGCGGGCGGCAGGAGACGUCGUGAGCGCCCGGUUUACCAGAUCCCGCAGCGUAGGCGUUGGCGCGGUUUGCCGUUGCCGGGGGAAGACGUUGACGUUGACGGUGACGGUGGCGGUGACGUGCGUGCGGUGACCCUGGCGGAGCUGCGGGCGCAGGCGGUACGCGAACUCUGCUACGAGGUGGCGCUGGGCGGAUUCGGACGCUCCCGGCGGGACGUGGACGCUCUGACAGCCGGCAAGAUGCGGGAGCUGGGCCGGGCUUACCGGCACCGGGACCCGGACGCACGGGCCAGCCGGCGGGCGGUGGCGGCGGAGGUUUGGGCUGCGGUGGGCGGCGAGGAGAGGCCACGGGAGGAGGUGCAGGGGCUGCGAGCGCAUGUGGAGCGGCUCAGCGGCUUGUUGCAUGAAGUCAAGCUGCAGAAUAACAUGAAGGAGGAACAGAUACGGACCCUACACUGCCGCCUGCUGGCCAUGGAGAGCGCUGUGCCCACGGGCACCACACAGGAGUAUGGGCCGGAGGAUGGCCACAAGCGGCCAGAGCCGGAGCCGGACAGCGGAAAGCCGAGGCCGGGCAUCGGGCGCCUGAUGGAAGAUGACCCGGCGUUCCGGCGUGGCCGCCUGCGGUGGCUGCAGCUCGGUGACCCGUCUCGCCGGCCCCGGCACCGGCCUGGCUCCGGCCGUUUCAUUCCGCCGCUCCACCGGGAGCUGCGCUUCCCCUUCAAGAGUAACCCCCAGCACCGGGGGUCGUGGGCGUCCGAGCCCGUGGACCGUGACCUCUCCGGCCCGAGACCCACUGACCGUGACCCCUCCAGCCCGAGACCCACUGACCACCCACUGACCGUGACCCCUCCGGCCCCGGACCCACCGACCGUGACCCCUCCGGCCCCGGACCCCACUGACCGUGACCCCUCCGGCCCCGGACCCACCGACCGUGACCCCCGGCAUGACCGUGACCCCUCCGGCCCCGGACCCACCGACCGUGACCCCCGGCAUCUCAGCCGUCGCCGAUACUCCUUCGACAACGGCGCCGGGAGCCGCGCCCGCUUCUUGCGGCCGUUCGGCCCAUCGGAACAGCAGCAGCAGCAGCCCCUGGACCCCACCUGCUGCCCGCCGGCUCAGCUCCCAGACCGGCCCUGGUCCCACUCACCUCCCCCCCACAUGAGGCGGCAGUGCUCGGUCCCAGACCUGGCGGGACGUCCCGCCGACGGAUAG